CGUACAUUAUUAUUGCACUGCACUGCAUGCAGUACAUGCAGCGGAAUGUAUGAAAAGCAAUGUGGAGCUAGUUUACUGAGCGCGCGUGUGCCACGAAUUUGUCGUCAGUUGUACCAUUUUGAUUCCUCCAUGGUAUUACUAUACCUCACCACCUUAUAAUGUGAUGGCCAAUGUGAGGAGAAGUUGUAGUUAAAUUUAGUACCAGUAUUUGAUGAUUUCCGUCACUCGUCAGGCAAGUGAAGUGUAACGUAUUGUUAGUACUUGUAAGUUGUAGCGGAAUUCAAGCUGAUUCGAAGUGCGGGGGAUAAGUGGGUGUCGUUCCGAUGAGCCUGGUCAAUGCAGCCAUCAUGGCAUCCAGUGCCCCCACCUCAGCGGACGCAUGCCUGAGCAUCGUCCACAGUCUGAUGUGCCACCGGCAGGGCGGCGAGUCGGAGAGCUUUGGGAAGCGUGCCAUCGAGAGCCUGGUCAAAAAGCUCAAGGAGAAGCGAGACGAGUUGGACAGUCUCAUCACAGCCAUUACGACAAACGGGGCCCACCCGAGCAAGUGCGUCACCAUACAGAGAACGUUGGAUGGAAGGUUACAGGUAGCAGGCAGGAAGGGGUUCCCUCAUGUCAUCUAUGCACGGAUUUGGCGCUGGCCCGACCUGCACAAAAACGAGCUCAAACAUCUCAAGUUCUGCCAGUUUGCGUUUGACCUGAAAUGUGACAGUGUAUGCGUCAAUCCGUACCACUACGAAAGAAUUGUAUCGCCAGGAAUUGAUCUUUCUGGUUUGACUCUUCAGCAGACAGAUUUCUUUGGUCAUGUUGCAGCAGGUCCUCCGGGCCGACUCGUCAAGGAUGAAUUUGGCGGCGAGUGUGUACAGGUGGAGCACAACAUAUCCCACCCGCCUGGCACGAGUAACGGCCUGGGCCGUGUGCCACACAGCCUGGGCCAGAGAAUGCAAUUUAGUGGACCUGUGCCGUCCACCUCACAGAUGAACGACUUCAGUAGGAUGAUUGCACCCCACACCAUUAGCACUAGCCUGCCUGUGCCUUUGUCACAACCUCUCAUGGUGAGCACCAUACCAGACCAACAACAUACAUCACAGCCUAACCAUCCUAUCAUCACCAGUACUGCAGUCAUGCCACAGGAUCCCGCACAGAUAGGCUCUUCAAUGCCCCAGAUGGGACAACACCCCAUGGCUUCUCAGAUGCCUCCCAUGCCCCAGUCCCCCAGCACUUCCUACCCGCCCCUUCCCAGCGUCCAGUCCCCCAGCUCGGCCCCACCCUCCAUCCAAUCCCCCUCAGUUCAGGCCCAGCCCGCCUCCCAGCAAGCCCAGGGUCCACCGGCCCCUUCCCAGGGUCCCUCAUCCCAGGGCCCACCGCCGCCGCAAGCACCCCAGCCGUCGCAAGUUGCUGGGAGUUCAGCAGGUUCUGCGGGGGUUCCUGGCCCAUCGGGACAACCUGGUCCCUCAACAGGCCCUGGACCUGCUGGACCGACAUCCCCAACUAGGUCCACCUCUAACCAGCAGAUGGCCAGAACAAGUACUACAAUCUGGACGGGGAACAACACAAUGUCCUACAAUCCUGGCAUGCCGGGGGGCACGUCCCAAGCAGCCAAUCCAACGAAUCCGUACUGGCAGCAGACCAAUCAGAUGCAAGGAGAAAUCCCGCUCAAUGCCCCACUCUCAACUCAGCCAGCUCCAGAAUACUGGUGCUCCAUUGCCUACUUUGAGUUGGACACCCAGGUCGGGGAAAUCUUCAAGGUACCCUACUCCUCCGCUCCCCCACGCUAUCCAUCAGUUACCAUCGAUGGUUACGUUGACCCCUCCGGCGUAGACCGGUUCUGCUUGGGCCAGCUGUCCAACGUCCACCGGACGGAAUCCAGCGAAAGAUCACGGCUGCACAUUGGUAAAGGUGUCCAACUUGACCUGAAGGGUGAGGGGGAUGUGUGGGUGCGAUGUCUGAGCGAGCAUGCAGUCUUUGUCCAGAGUUAUUACCUUGACAGGGAAGCAGGCAGAGCGCCGGGGGAUGCUGUGCACAAGAUAUAUCCCAGCGCUUACAUCAAGGUGUUUGAUCUGCGCCAGUGCCAUGCCCAGAUGAGAACCCAAGCAGCCACAGCAAGAGCUGCAGCGUCUGCCCAGGCAGCUGCAGUGGCUGGCCAUGUACCUGGCCCUCAGUCAGUUGGUGGCAUUGCUCCGGCUGUCCGCUACUCCGCCGCAGCGGGCAUCGGGGUGGACGAUCUGAGGCGUCUCUGCAUCCUGCGCAUGAGUUUCGUCAAGGGCUGGGGGCCAGACUACCCCCGGCAGAGCAUCAAGGAAACACCUUGCUGGAUUGAGAUCCACCUUCACAGGGCCCUACAACUCCUAGAUGAGGUCCUGCACACCAUGCCUCUCAUGGAUCCUCUGGGAAUGGACUAAAGAGAGAAAGAGAGCACUAUGUCUCAAGACAUCUCUGAUAAACUCUUAGAGAGAUUUUCCUCAUCAAAACUUUUGAAUUGUGUACAAAGUGCUGCAAGGGAGAGGUCUUUUGGAUCGUCCAGUUGGGUUAGAAGGGAAUCCUGGUCACCUUGCCAGUGUUGGAUCCUGUAUGAGUGGGCUGAAGGACAUACCCUGCCAUUGUUCAGAGGACAUCAGAAGUUGUCUAGAACCAAGCUGCAAUAUGCUGUGCUAUCGAGCUUGGUCUGCAUUCAGGAUUAUGUGUAGAUUAUCUUGGAUGUGAUGGUGAAUGCUGCAUGCUGUUAACCCCUCCCUAUCCCAUCUAGUUGAUGAAAGCCAGGACAGGAUCUGGAGACCUGGGGACUGCAAAAGGCAGCCCAGCAGUUCAGACGUAACUGUUAUCUUGGCACAUCUUAGCCUCAUUUCUGUCACAUGCCCUCGGUCAGAUGCAUUCCCUAUUGGGCUUCCUCAUGGCUCGGCCUACAUCCAGGUACUGGAAAGUCAGCAUCACCAUUUUUGUACGCAAAGAUCGUAUAAUCGCCGAGCGCAGUAGGAACCUGUAGCAGGCAAGCCUUCAAAGCUGUGGAUGAAACUGUGAGAAAAACAUGGAGCCAACACCCAGUGCUGGGUCGGCCCGAUUAUGGCAACUAUUCACAGCACAGGAAGUGAACAUUAUGCCAUUUGAUAGAAUUCUCAUUUAUUUUACGUGAAAAUACGCCCUACUGUCUAGUUUACAAUGCACGACGUGGAUGAUAACCAAACGCUUGCCUACUGCAGUGGUGGUUGAUUACAGGGAAACCAGAUGGUCAUGUGGUACUUUGACGUCACAGUAUCAGACAUGAUAUCUUUGUGCAUCUUCAAGCAAAUACUGUCUUGUCCAAUAGUCUGUACCAUAAGGGUCUGGUUGUUGCAAAAAUUCCCACUAUGAAAACUUUAUCGUUUGUAAGAUGAGACAAAUUGGGAUUUUAUUAUGUUCUUCACUUUUAGAAACAGCUUUUGUUUUCUUGAAAUGAGUAUAACUAAUGUUGGAAUGAACUUCUUAGCCUUGGCAUAAGGUACACGUAUGUACAUGUAUGGUAGCUAUGAAGUUCAUAAUGGAAUCUUAUGAAUUUCUUCCUCAAGAGUUCCUUUGCAGACCGUUUGGAAACGAAUCCUAACCGAUAUUACACUUUGAGCUUACAUUUAUAACUUAAUUCCAUUAUCUGAAAGCAGGGCAUCAAAUAUUGUCUUCAACAUGUGAGCUCUGUCUCGCAUACAUCCUUCUUGCAAACUUAAUCAAAGUUGCCAAGCGGGUGUGUUUUUGUCUCGUGUCUCAGAGCCAAAACGGGAGGUUGAUUCAAGACAAAGGCUGCAAACGUGGAGGACUGUGUAGGCUUUACAGUGAAUUUGGGUGGUUUUUUUUUUAAAGAUCGCAGAAAAAAAAUCUGAUUUCAGAAGAAUUUCUCAGGUACUGAAUGUAGGUUGAUGUACCAGUGUGCAAAAGAGAGGAAAAUAUCUUGCUCUUAUGUGGCUGUUAUUUUCCAUCAAGACGUCUUAAAGAUAUGAGAAAGAUCAUUAACAACCAGGCAAUUAAAGAUGUGUAUAAAUGGCUAGUGUUGGAGAUUCAGAAAAGGUGCCAGAAAUGUGUUUUUGUAUUUUUUUAACACUAUAAUACAAAGGCAUCAAACAGCUUAAAGUUGAAAUGGGAAGGAUUGAAAAUUAUAUAAAAAAUUAAAUAAGAAACGUGUCGUAUUUGUAACUUUUUUUUGUACUUUAUGUAAUAUGUAUGCUACUGUUCUUCCAAGACGAGAUAGACUCAGUCGUGCAGAGGAAUUUUUUGUAAGAAAAAAAAUGAGAAAUGUUUAGUUGUGAUUUCUAUGACGUGUAUAAAAAGAAUUGUAGAGAUGUUGGUUUUACGAUGUUAAAAGAAAACAGUUCAACCUUUUUUUUAUAGAACCUUUUCGAUGCAGAAAAACAGAUCGCUGUCAUAGUGGAGGUAUAUGUGUCCAACCAGAUCAUUGCACAAACAUGUCCAAAUUUGUAGAUUAACUACAGUAUGUGUGUACAGAUGUAAUUCUGGAGCAGUGCUGUUGUGGAGUGCAUAACAGGUCCUUAGCAGUCAUCACAAGGCAAUCACAACUCAUCACAAGGCAAUCACAAGUCAGUCACAGUUUAUCACAAGACAAUCACAAGUCAGUCACAGGUUAUCACAAGACAAUCACAAGUUGUCCAGUCACAAAAGCUGUUGAAAAAGCAACCUGACAACGGCAUUCCUAUAUCAUUGUUUAUCCUCUGUUACCUGUGACUGGAGUUUUGAAAAGACUUGUGUAUUGCCACGACUUGUGAUUUACUUGUGAUGGAAUUGUUAUUGACUUUACUAAAGCUCAGGUCUGGGGGUAGGUAAUGUCUCAUCACGUUUUGUGAAUUUGUGUCUUGUAUUAGAUUUGUGAUACAUUUGUACUAUGCACACCCCCCCCCCUCCCCUUAGUGUUUUCCCAAUAACUUGUCAAAUUUUCAUUAUUUUUUCCUAAUAAUGUCAAUCAUAUGCCCUUGAUUUUGUAAUCCUGGUACCACUAAUAUACAUGUACAUGUACAAAUGCAUUCAGAAUCCUCGUUAACAAACAUUCCAACUGAACUGGUCACAGACGGCAAGCUGAUGUAUCAACUUGAUACGUGUAUGUCACCCAUCAGAGAGCUGACGAUAUUUGUGCAUUGUUUAAAUUCAGUCUAUUAAAGACAUAUGGGAUCAAUUGUUUUUAUCUCAAAAAGUGACCUACCAAAUUAGUAUCAAAAAGUGUGCUUGGAUUAAAGAUAUACUGGAACUAAAUACCCUGUGAAAUCAAGAAUGCCGCUGAUUUCCAACAAUCAGUUAGUUGACUGAUUUUGGGAAUAAAAAGUGCUGUUGUCCAAAUAGUGUUAUUCGAUCAAAA